AUGGCGGGGGUCUUUGCCGAGUUCUUCGGGCUGAGCAAGGGCUGUUGCAGCAGCCCCGGAAACUCCGAUGCUGACACGGUCCUUGUCGUGGACAGCGCGACGCUGGCCGAGGAGGUGGAGGAUGUGAAAACGUUGCCGUCUUCAAAGUUGGAAGACGGCAAAACGCCAACGACCACGUGUGGGCUCAGCUUCGGUGAUCCCUCUCCUUCCAGCUGGGGAGCAUCACCAACCUCUCCGGGUGUUGAGGACUUUGGCUUUUCUAAGACCGGUUCCGCGCUCGCGGAAGGUGCUUCAGCAGAGUUCGAGGCUCAGCAGCUGCCCGAGCUUCCAGACAAGGCUCCACUCGAGGAGGAUCAGAUUGUCGUGUCUGGCCUCAAAGCACGCAUGCAGAAGGCUAGAGGAAACCUCGACGCCCUGCGAGAGCGAGUGCAGGUGGAGAUCCUGCAAGGUCGUGCUCCAAGCAGCCCUGCCGAAGAACGCGAACUUGGGUUUUAUUCCACCUCUACGCUGAUGCGUUACUUGUGCAUGCAAGACGGUGACGUCAACAAGGCGCUCAAGGCGAUGAGAGACACCAUGGAGUGGCGGAAAAAGACCUUCAUUCCUGCACUGUUUCCUCAGGGUUGCUCCCUGCCUUGCUGCCGGGCUUGCGCGAGAGAUCCACAGUCCCACUGCUUUCUUUGUGUGGGUAAAGACGUUCUCGGGCGCCAUGUAAUCUACUCUUGCACAGGGCGUGCAGCCAACAAGACGCCCGAGGAUGGCAUCGAGCACAUGGCCUCGGAGCUGGAAAGGCUCUUCAAAAACUCCACACUUCCCGGCUCCGUUGCCUGGAUUGUGGACUUUGCGGGCUUCGGGUUUGCAGAUUGCAAUCCGAAAAUUGGCGCCCUUGCCUUCCCUAUGUUUGCCAGCCAUUACCCAGAAAGAUUUGGGCAGAUUGUGUGUCUGAGUCUCCCCUACGCCUUCUAUCCGAUCUACGCCGCUGGCAGCAAGAUCUUCGACAAGGAGACGAUGGCCAAGGUGAAGAUCCUCAAAGGGGACAAGGAUUGGAAGAGAUACGGCGACGCCUACUGGAGCCAUGAUCCAGGGAUGAGGAGGUGGCUGGAUGCGGCCGUGAAGUGUAAAGGAGUGCCAGGUGGCUUCCCAGACGCGCAGUUUACCCAAGACUUGCAGCGGACGGAAGCCACAGAAUCUUCAAUCAGGAUUCUGGAACGGUGCGCCGCCCUGUCGGAAAUGCACUGA